GGGCAGCCCGGCGCCCGCCGUGGGGCGGAGUCCGCUGUGACGCGUGCAGGGCGGCGCGCUCCCGGAAGUGACGCGCGACGGUUCGUGCGUGCGUGCGUGCGGCUGCGUCGGGCUGCAGGAGAAGAUGGCGGUCUCCACAGGAGUUAAAGUUCCUCGUAAUUUUCGCUUGUUGGAAGAACUCGAAGAAGGACAAAAAGGAGUAGGCGAUGGUACGGUUAGCUGGGGCCUUGAAGAUGAUGAAGAUAUGACACUUACAAGGUGGACAGGCAUGAUUAUUGGGCCACCAAGGACAAAUUAUGAAAACAGAAUAUAUAGCCUGAAAGUAGAAUGUGGACCUAAAUACCCAGAAGCUCCUCCGUCAGUUAGAUUUGUAACAAAAAUUAAUAUGAACGGAAUAAAUAAUUCCAGUGGGAUGGUGGAUGCCCGGAGCAUACCAGUGUUAGCAAAAUGGCAAAAUUCAUAUAGCAUUAAAGUUGUACUUCAAGAGCUAAGACGUCUAAUGAUGUCCAAAGAAAAUAUGAAGCUUCCACAGCCACCAGAAGGACAAACAUACAACAAUUAAUUUUAGUGGAUCUCAAACUUGUCUUAAAUCAACAACCUUCUACUCAUGUUAAUGUCUUGAUUAAAUAUCACAAUGCAAAAUACCCACACAUUAAGUAAAAGAAUUCCAGCUGGUAAACAUGACCUGGACAUUUGUAAGAAUAUAUUUAAUAUAUGUACAUCCAUUAUGUUUUCAGGUAACAGGAGGAAAAAUGCAGCACAAUUUUUUUUCUCUUGAAAGGCACUGUCAUUUAAACAUAAACCUGGAGUACUCGAAAUAGAAUUCAGGUUUACAAGAUGAAAGCGUGUGGAGAAGUGUCAGAUGGCAGUGGAAACGUGUGUUUCUAAAAAGUAAAAAUCUCAAGAAAGAAAACAGAAAUGGCAUGCUUUACCCAUCUUGCUUAGUGAAAGAGAGCUGCAGUUGAAAUUGUUUAAAAAGUAGCAGGUACAACGAAUAUUGUCACAGAUGUGUUAAUUUUUGAAGCAAUGUGGGUGCUGACUACUAGUAGUAUCAAAAAUAUGUUCAGGAUUGUUUUGAUACCUGUAUUUAUAAUAAAAAAUGUUGGGGGGAGUUGAUGAAUUCCUGUUAAAAGCUGUUCUUGUGUGUUACAUGUAACAGACAUGGUAAAUAUUUGUUUACAGUCUUUGUUUAACAAACCAUGCAUUUAAGUUUAAGUGAAGUCAACAAAAAGGAAAUAGGUGUAUGGAUAUGUGAUUUUGAGAUUAAAGUUAGUCUUAAAAUGUAAAUAAAAUGUGGAACGUGUCCUCA